UAUGAAUAUUAAACUAAUCUAAUACAAGGUUAUAAUGUUAAAUAAACCAAGAACACCAAAUUCACUUCAAUUAACACCAUGGAUGAGUCUAAAACACUUCAUGUUGUAUUAUUUCCAUGGUUAGCUUUUGGCCACUUAAUUCCAUUUUUUGAACUUGCAAAACAAAUUGCAAGAAAAGGUCACAAAGUUUCCUAUAUUUCAACUUCUAAAAACAUCGAUCGACUUCCAAAACUUUCUCAAAAAUUAAAUUACUCCAUAGAUUUCGUUAAUCUUUCUCUACCUUUAACCAGCGGUCUACCGAAGCGUGCAGAGGCCACAACGGAUGUACCACUUGACAAGGUUCAAUACCUCAAGAAAGCCUUUGAUGGACUCGAACUUGAGUUGACUCAAUUCCUUGAAAACUCUGUCCCUGAUUGGAUCAUUUACGAUUUUACCCCUUAUUGGUUGCCCCCCAUCGCGGCUAGGCUUGGAAUUUCACGUGCCUUCUUUAACACGUUUAAUGCGUGGUCUAGUGUAUUUUUUGGUCCCGUGGUUGACAAAAGUGAUAGUACUAAUAUACGACGGAUCGAGCCCGAGGAUUUCACCUUUCCACCAAAAUGGAUCCCUUUUCCGUCUAAUAUUGCGUAUCGUCUUUACGAAAUAAACAGGUUUUUCGGCCAUCUAGAAAAAAAUGCUUCUGGUGUUUCCGAUUGGGAUCGAUUCGCAACAUCACUUUCCGGUUGCGAUGCAUUUUUAAUUCGGAGUUGUAACGACUUAGAAAGAGAAUGGUUAGAUCUUCUUCCCGCGAUUCAUCAGAAACCUAUCGUAUCAGUUGGCCUAUUGCCACCUUCAGUACAAGAUACUGAAGGUGGCAAAGACGAUGCAUGGGGUUUUAUUAAUAAUUGGUUAGCCAUGCAACGUGAAAAAUCGGUUGUCUAUGUAGCAUUGGGAACAGAGGCAACCCCGAGUCAAAAUGAACUCGCUGAGCUAGCUCAUGGUUUGGAGCUCUCAGGGUUGCCGUUUUUCUGGGCUUUGAGGAUUAACCAGCACGAUCUUGAACCGUUAAAGUUGCCGGAAGGUUUUGAGGAACGUACCAAAAACCAAGGGAUAGUCUGGACGAGUUGGGCCCCACAACUCAGGAUACUGAAACAUGACUCAGUCGGCGUGUUCUUGACUCAUUGUGGUUGGGGUUCUAUUAUAGAAGGACUUCAAUUUGGCAAACCACUUGUCAUGUUACCUUUUUUGGGAGAUCAAGCACUAAAUGCUAGAGGUUUGGAAGAAAAAAAGUUGGGUCUAGAAAUUCCAAGAAAUGAAAAUGAUGGAACUUUGACUCAAAAUUCAGUGGCUGAGUCAUUAAAAUUGAUGAUGAAUGAUGAAAAGGGAAAAAUUUAUUGGGAGAAAGCAAAUGAAAUGAGAAAAAUAUUUGGAAAUAGAGAUUUAAGUGAAAAGUAUAUAGAUGACUUUAUUGACUAUCUCCAUAAGAAAAGGAAGUGAGGAAUAAAGGGAAAUGCAAAUUAAACAAUCAUAUUGUUGUAACUUGUAGUUAUGUGAAUAGAAAUCCAAAAAAAAAAAAACUUGUUAAUCCACUUAAAAUUAAA